AUGGUAACUCAACCCAGAGUUCAGCUGAUCACUUCGGUACUUUUGCUUUUAGUUGUCCACCUAGGCCAGCCAGUAUGUGUGGAUGUCCCCUCGGAGACAGAAGCUGUCCUGGGGAAAUCCAUGCUGUUGACCUGUAUCUUCUGUAUGAAGAGGGAGGAGGUCAAAUCAAAGACAUAUGUGGAUUGGUACUUCCUGCCAACAAAUGAAAGAGACAUCCCAAAAACUCAUAUAUACAAGUAUGAUAAACACAUGCUAUCAGCACGGGACGGACCAUUUAAGGGCCGUCUUACCUGGAAUGGGAGCGUCGACUUUCAAGAGGUCUCCAUUCAAAUCCACAAUGUCACCUUCAAUGACAGUGGUCUCUAUGAGUGCCACGUGGUGCGCGAGUUCAAGGACUUCACUCCCUCUUCGAAAUUCAUGAAGAACAUCACGCUGGAGGUGAAAGAGAUAGCCACUAACAACGCCGCGGCGCUCUACUCUGAGAUCAUGAUGUAUGUGCUGCUGGUGUGCUUGACCCUGUGGCUUCUGGUGGAAAUGGUCUACUGCUACAGGAAGAUCUCCAAAUCUGAUGAGCAGGCGGAGGACCUAGCGACAAACUACCUAGCCGUUCCCUCUGAGCAGAAAGACAAUGCGGCCGCUCCUGUUACCGAAUAA